AUGAUUGAUUGUCAGUUGUCAAGUCAAUUCAAGGUGCAAUGCAAGUUUAGUUAAAAAUCUGCCGACAAAAAUGGUUUUUCUUUGAAAAUCUGUUUGCUUUGUUUGUGCAACUGAUCUUUUUCGUUACUGCAUAUUCAGUUUUAUAAUAGUUUAAGCAUGAAUAACUAAAUUUCUGGGUAAAACCACCAUGGAUCCCAACAUAUAUGCCCUUGUCUUGGACACUCUCAACCGGGCGACCAGUCAGGACCCAGAAGUACUGAAGCCCGCUGAGAAGAAGCUACAGGAAUGGGAGAUAGAGCCGGGGUUCUAUUCUGUUUUAUUGGAUGUCCUAUCAAACCAUUCCAUUGACAUCAACGUAAGAUGGCUGGCUGUAAUGUGUUUCAAAAACGGUGUAGACCGCUACUGGAGGAAGAACGCUCCACAUGCUAUCACAGAAGAGGAGAAACAGAAGUUGCGCCAGGGACUCCUGAACUCCAACAUCCUCAGUGAACCAGUCACUCAGAUUGCCACACAACAAGCUGUGCUGAUAUCUAAGAUAGCUAGGUUUGACUGUCCAAUGUUUUGGCCGAACCUGGUGCCGGAACUCAUUGGAGCGUUGAAAGCACCGCAGCCGCUGGUCCAACACAGGUCACUGCUGAUUUUCCAUCAUGUGGUCAAAGCUCUGGCUUCUAAGAGGCUGGCUGCUGAUAGGAGGAUGUUCCAAGAGCUAACACAAAGCGUAUACGCUUUCAUACUGAACCUGUGGCACGAGAACACGGAACAGUUUCUCCGGCACAUCCAGGAAGGUGCUGCCACGGAGGUGAUCACGGAACACCUGGAGAAAGCGCUCCUGUGUCUGCGGAUCUUGAGGAAGCUGACGGUGUUUGGCUUCAGGAAGGCACAUGAAAGUCAGGACGCCGUCGCGUUUCUGAAUGUUGUGUUCGACCGCGCUAAGACCAGCUUAGAGUGCAGAAAGCUGCUGAAAGGCCGCGGAAUAUACCUUCUGGAGCUAUGCGAGAAGUUCAUAAUACACCUCACGAAAGUAGCUCUUGGGGUUUUAAGUCUACAUCCAUUUUCGUUUGUGCCUCUGAUACGGCCUGCUCUGGAGUUCACUCUGUACUUCUGUUUCACUGACCAAGGCAUGGCGUUGACCUAUGAGCGGUUCACGAUCCAGUGUCUCAACAUUCUGAAGGGAAUCCUGCAAUGUGUGGAGUACAAACUGCCUAAAGAAAUGGAUCAGGUUAAGGAGCCAUUGACAAUCGAAGCGCACCAGCUCAAGAUGUCCGUGCUAACCGACGACGCAGUGGUGUUGGUCUGUCGCCGGCUCGUGUCGCACUACUGCCGGCUGUGCGGCGACGACCUGGCGCUGUGGGACGCCGAGCCGGAGAGCUUCGCCAACGACGAGGCCGGCGAGUCCUGGAAGUACAGCAAGAGGCCAUGCACGGAAGCGGUCUUCAUGGAGCUCUUCCACGGGUUCCGCCCCCUCCUAGCGCCGUGCGUGGUGCGCAUGCUGGGCGAGCUGCCGCCGCCGGCGCCGGCGCCCCUCGACCAGCUGCGGGACAAGGACGCCGUGUACGCCGCCGUGGGGCUGGCCGCCUUCGACUUGUAUGACGAGAUUGAUUUCGACGAGUGGUUUACGAAUGUUCUAAGUCAAGAAUUGAAAAUUAAAGACGACAACUACAGGAUUAUCAGACGACGCGUUUGCUUACUCAUAGGCCAAUGGUGCGGCGUGCGAGCCUCCCCAUCGCUCCGGCCCGCGAUGUACGCCGCAUUACUCGAACCUCUCUCCAGCGCUACAGAAGACCUGGCGGUUAAGCUAGCGGCGGCUGAAGCGUUGAGGAGCACGAUAGAUGAUUUCAACUUCGAUGUGGAACAGUUUAGGCCGUUUGUGCCGCAUGUGCUUUCGGCGUUGUAUGAUCUCCUGGUGGAAUCCGAAGAGUGCGACACCAAGAUGCACGUUCUCCACGUCAUAUCCUUUGUGAUGGAGCGAGGCGGUGCCGGCGGCGCGGGCGGCGGUCUGCUUUCCUACCUGCCUCAGCUGUGGGCUCAUGCCGACUCGCAUAGUAUGCUGAGAGCCGCUGUACUUGCGAAUCUGCUGCAUUUGCUAAAGGCUACAGGCGAAUGCGCGCCGUCCGUCCGUCCCUGGGUACUAGGGGUGCUGAACUCUGCAACAUGUUUGACUGACCCGAUGCAUGUGUAUCUGAUGGAAGACGCCCUGGAGCUGUGGCUGGCGAUAUUGGAGACCAGCCAGGUCGUUGACCCGCCUCUCCUCCAAUUGGCCGAGAAUUUACAUCCGAUUUUGGAACAAUCUUCAGAGCAUCUCCGCAUAGUCGUCUACAUAAUGCAAGCGUACACGCUGCUAUGCCCGGAAGAGUUCCUGUCUUCAGCCGGCGGCAAGUGUAUGGCGGUGAUGGAAGACAUGCUGUCUGACAUGCGCACUGAGGGCCUACUCACUGUGUUGAAGAUGGCAGAAAUAUGCGUCAGUAUCCAGUUACCUGAAAGAAACGCCUUCCUAGGAGUGAAAGUUAUUUGGCCUAUACUAAUAAGGGUCGUACGGGCCCUUCUAGAAGGUGACGACUUGGCAAUGGUCCUAUCAGUCCAACUGUGCCUUUUAUCCCGAGUUAUACUCCUAUCUCCGGACUUGUUCUACAAAUGCGUGCAAGAAGCAGCCGUGGGUCAAACGGACUAUGAAAAUGAUCCAGUGAAAGUGCUGGAUAGACUGCUGCAAGUGUGGACUGAGAAAAUGAACCUGGUCACUCAGGUGGAAAGGUGGAAAGUUGUUGGUCUAGGCCUAGCGGCUCUACUGACGACACAGAACACGACAGUUCUACACCGGUUCCCGGCCGUAUUGCUGAACCUCACUGAAGUACUGAAUGACGUCAUGAAGACUGACGAUAAUGGGGUUUAUGUCGACGGCCUGGUAGCGGGUCCGUGCUCGCGCCCCCCCUCUCCCCUAGAGGGGGUAGGUAGAGCGGCCCGAUGGGAAGGGGGCUGGUGCGCCACUAAAGAGACCCCUCACGAGCUGCGCAGACGACGUCUUGCCGCCACGCACCCCGCCGCUUCCGUCGAUCUGAGGACUGUAGUUCACCACCAGCUAGAAACACUGAAAGGCCAAGUGGGACCCGAAACCUUCGAACGACUGAUUCUAUCAACAGAUCAAGAAACAUUGCAACAGUUAAGAGAAUACGUGCCUCUGUAAUUUGCGCUUUAAACAUCUAUACCUUUAUUAUAAAACGUAGACCAAACAUAGUUCUGGGUUAGAACCGGCUUUAGACUACUGGCAUGCCUUAAAUCUUUGGACUGUUCUAAACAAGGACUAUAUUUACUCUACGUUUUAUAAUAUGGGGCUAGGGUGUCUUGCAGCCUUGAAUCGAGAUUAAAUCUAUUGCUAUCCUGCUCUGACAGUACACAGUUAGAAAAAACUGCAAAAGAUUUCAUAUCGAUUUAAGGAUUAGUGCAAGAUUUUGUUUAAGUAUACUGUACAUUUUAUAUGAUACCCAUUGUUAACUUUCUAGGCCAUUCAAAGUUUUUUUUUUUAAAUUAGGCGCAUACCUAUUUGCUAAAUGCGUCCGUAAUAUUAUAGCCUUGCACGCUACAAAUUAAUUUUAAAAUACAUAUCUAUUGCCAUAAUUCUUCCAAAACUAUUAAUUAAUCAUAAACGGUUAUCUCUGAUGGCUUAAGUCCAAUAAUUAGAACGCUAGCAUGUUUUUCUUUCACAGAAAUAAUUAAAAAUCAGAGAGAGAUGUACAGAUUUGUAUACUUAGUUGUAUUAGAGGUACAUCCUGUUUUGAGUUGAGUGACGAUGGUUCUGUCGGAUAAUUUUUAAGAAUUUUGUAUAGUUAUUUUGUAUACUUGCAUAACCUCUUGUACCUAUAAUAUCUAUUGUCCACUGCUGGACAUAGCGUAUAUGUACUAACUAACCAUAUUAUAAAUAUGUAGAGAGGAAGAGCUAAAUGGUUUCUAAAAUAUACAUAGUUGAAAUAAGGCAUCGAAAAAAUAUAUUAUUGACAUUAGUCCCACCUUCCCUUUAUUUAGAACUUAGAACAAAAUUAAGAAUAUAAUCCGAUAAAUAAUUAAUAUAACGUCUGCAGAUAAAGAAAUCAUAUGAGAAUGGCUGCCGUUCCAUAAGUGGGAGAUCAUUUGACAGAUCUACGAAUAGAGUGAGAUAGUAAUCAUAUCGACUGCAAUUAAAUACUGUGAGAUCUGGACCUCGUAAGUUUGUAAAAUAUAGGAGUCCUAUGACGUUUGUUUGCCAGAUACUUGAAAUGCCUGGUGAAUAAAAU